AUGGUGAAAAGAAGUUCAGAAGAAACUGAAGGAUUCAAGGCUGUUAAAAGGAAUACUACGGAUGCUCCACCAGCAAAAGUGGAUGGAAGUACGGGUAAAGAAGAUGCAGACAUGAAUAUUGAAGGUGGAAUGGAGGAUUUUUCAGGAGAUGACUACGAAAGCGAGGAAGAAAUUGUGGAAUUGGAUGAUUCAGAAGGCGAAGAUAGGAUGGCUGAUGAUAGCAAUGAUGCACAGAAUGCAUACGAAAGAUCGAAGGAAAAGGCAGAAAAGCUUCUGCAAAGAGAAGCCAAGCAGCAAGAAGAGGCCAGAAAAGUACGUGAAGGUCAAGGAAAGAUCUACUUACCUCACAGAUCACGUCCUCUAGGGCCAGACGAGGUUUUAGAACCGGAUCCUUCAGUAUUUGAGAUGCUUCAUAACGUUAAUAUGCCAUGGCCAUGUCUCACGUUGGAUGUUCUACCGGAUAAUUUAGGUAGCGAAAGAAGAGGAUAUCCUGCCACCAUGUAUUUAGUGACAGCCACGCAGGCUUCUAGACCAAAAGACAAUGAGAUCAUUGUGAUGAAAUUGUCAUCAUUGACGAAGACAUUGGAAAAGGACGAUAAUGAAGAUGAUGAUGAUGAUGAUGAAGACGAUGUUAACAAUCGUGGUCCAAUUCUUGAGAGUGAGAUUAUACCAUUAAAAAGUACUACAAAUAGGAUCCGAGUGAAUCCAUUUGCUCAACAAACAGGACAGUAUUUAACAGCUACUGCCAAUGAGAGCGGAGAAGUGUGCAUAUUUGACAUUGCUUCUCAGUUUAAGGCCUUUGAUACACCAGGUUAUGUGAUUCCUAAGCAAGCAAAGAGACCUUUGCAGAUUAUCAAAUCUCACGGUAAUGUGGAAGGUUACGGAUUGGACUGGUCCCCUGUAAUCGAUACAGGUGCUCUCUUGUCUGGUGACGUUAGUGGAAGAAUCUAUCUCACAAGCAAUGCCAGUGGGUCCAAAUGGGUCACUGAUAAGACACCAUUUCAGGCCAACGAAUCUUCCAUCGAAGACAUCCAAUGGUCACGGUCAGAGAAGACAGUGUUCGCUACGGGAGGUGUUGACGGUCAUGUGAGCAUCUGGGAUACCAGAUCCCAAAAGCAUACGCCUGCUCUCAGUAUCGAAGCGAGUACGACAGAUGUUAAUGUGAUCUCGUGGUGUGACAGGAUUGAUUACCUUUUGGCAUCAGGCCACGAUGACGGUAAUUGGGGUGUCUGGGAUUUACGUAACUUCAAGCCUAACAUGCUUCCAUCGCCAGUUGUGUCGUACAAUUUCCACAAAUCCCCAAUCACCUCUAUAUCGUUUAAUCCAUUGGAUGAAUCUAUAGUGGCAGUUGCUUCAGAGGACAACACGGUAACUCUUUGGGAUUUGGCCGUUGAAGCAGACGACGAGGAAAUCAAACAGCAGAAGGCCAGGAAUGAAGAGUUAAGGGACAUUCCACCGCAGUUGUUGUUUGUUCAUUGGCAAAAGGAUGUCAAAGAAGUAAGAUGGCAUAAGCAAGUACCAGGAGCUCUAGUGAGUACUGGAGGAGAAGGAUUGAAUGUUUGGAAGACCAUUUCCGUUUAG